AUGUAUCUUGUUCUCAACCACAACCAAGACGAGUCAAUGACAACAAUCUCGACAAAAAAUACAACCAAAGCGUCAACUGCAAAUGCAUCCGCAACUGCAGCUGUUGCUGGUAAUGCUAUAGUGGGGACAUCGGCGAUCAAGAGACAUGUGCUUAUGAUUGAUAACUACGAUUCAUUCACCUGGAACUUGUACCAGUACCUUCACCAGUCGCCAAGGUGUGGAAAAGUUGAUGUUUACAGAAAUGAUAAGAUCGAUAUUGCAACCAUUGAAAACAAAAUCAAGCCAGAUAUCAUAUUCAUUUCACCUGGUCCCGGCCAUCCUGUUACGGAUUCUGGUAUUUCCAGUGAUGUCAUUAGACAUUUUAAAGGUAAAUUACCCAUUUUUGGUGUUUGUAUGGGUCAAGAGUGUAUCUUCCAUGUCUUUGGAGGUGAUGUUUCCUAUGCCGGAGAGAUUGUUCACGGAAAAACCACCACCAUUAAGCACGACAGCAAGGGAAUGUUUGAGGAUAUACCACAGUCUGUAGCGGUAACAAGGUACCAUUCUCUUGCAGGAAGCGAAAAGACUUUGCCAGAGUGCUUGGAAGUAACAGCAGUUACUGAAACAAAACCUGAUGUGAUUAUGGGAGUCAGACACAAGAAGUAUACUAUAGAAGGUGUGCAGUUCCACCCUGAAUCUAUUUUAACAGAAUCUGGCCAGCUUAUGAUUGACAAUCUAUUGGGCAUCUUUGGCGGCACCUGGGAAGAAAACGAGGCAUAUAGAAUGCAAGCAAAAAAGACUCGAUCUGCUAAUAAUUUUACCAAGGGCGAGAACAUUUUAAAAACAAUAUAUGAUAAGAGACAGGAAGAUUAUAAAGUAAUUGAGAAUUUGCCUGGCCGUUCUUUCCAAAAUUUGGAAAUAGCCUUGUCCCUCGGAGCAGCUCCGCCAGUCAUAAAUUUCUACGAACGUUUAAAGUACACACAAGAUGCUCUUAAGCAAACGGUGAUUCUACUGGAGUUCAAGAGAGCCAGUCCUUCUAAAGGCGAUAUUAAUGUGAGUGCGCAUGCUGGCUCUCAAGCAUUGACGUAUGCUAUAAAUGGUUGCUCAACAAUUUCGGUAUUAACCGAACCUAAUUGGUUCAAAGGAUCUUUAGAAGACUUGUCUUUGAUUCGACAAAUUAUAGAUGGACCAAAAACAAAAACCAUAGAGAAUUACAAGAGACCUGCAGUUUUGAGAAAAGAGUUUAUUUUCAGCAAGUACCAGAUCUUAGAGGCUCGAUUAGCCGGUGCCGAUACUGUACUACUCAUUGUAAAAAUGCUCAACAAUCAAGAGUUGUUACAAGAAUUAUACAGUUACUCAUUAGAGUUGGACAUGAUACCACUAGUGGAAGUCAACGAUGGUCCAGAAUUGGAGCAAGCUUUGAAAUUGACGUACAAAGGGUCAACGAACGAGCCGUUGAUUAUAGGUGUCAACAAUCGUAAUUUGACGAAUUUUGAUGUCGAUCUCGGCACUACAAGUCUGUUGGUCGAGCAUGCCAAGGGAAGUCAGAAUGGCCGAGGUGGUGAUGUCUUGAUUCUUGCGUUGUCAGGAAUAACUUCGGUCGACGACGUCAAGAAAUAUAAAUAUGAAGAUAAUGUUGAUGGUUUUUUAAUUGGUGAGAGUCUCAUGAGAGCGGAAUCAAAAGGACAAGCAGGUGAGUUUCUUCACCAAUUGUGCAAUUGUUAG